UUUAAAAAGAACUAACAUUGCCAGUGUCAACAUUGAAGGGAGUGGAAAGCACAAGUACACAAAGGAGGUCUUGCUACUUUAAAAAUGCAAAUGAUCAAGCCAGUUCAACUACUUUCUGAUAGUUAAGCUAGAACGGGGCACACCCAGAGUUCUGCGCCUGCAAUCAGGAAACUCAUCUAUUCCCAUGCAUGGCGUUGCCUUGGGGAAAUGCUUAAACGAGACAGCUCAAUUUCUCAACCAUUUCACCUGAAUGGAAAGACAAUACCUUGAGAGCAUUUUGUGUGAAAGCUCCUCCCUUGAAAAGAAGAUGGGCCAAAAAUUAUCGCAGGGAACAAACCAGGAGAAUAAGAACGACAUCCUGAUUAUAUGUGAUGUAUUUAGCCAAGGAGUGGUUUAUGCCUCUCAGAAGCUGAAAGAGUAUCUUGGAUUUGAGGAUCCCCAAAGCAAAUUCCACCCAUCCACAGACACCCUACGUGAGAUUUUUCUGGUCAACUUCAUCGGCUUCUGUGUUGAGAAAGGUGUAGAUGAGCGUAUCACAACCAGCAAGAUGAGCAAGCAUCAAUCCUUGCUUUUUGGAGUUGAUUGGGUCUGGACUCUAUCUGGAGCUGAUAUCAGGCUUCAGAUUGCUGUGCAGUCUCUACAGAUGGCCAAGCUUUCCAGUGGAGACCAGGCUUUUGAAGUAAUUGGCAGCAACAGAGAAGCAAUGUUAGCAGAGGACCUUUCUGGAAACAGGAGUAGAUUCGAAAAGCUGGAAGAAUUCUGCAAAAUGGUGGGAAGUGACUGCCUUGGCUUGUUCAUAAUGUUUGGGGUUCCAGGAAAGCCCAAAGACAUCAGAGGAGUCGUCCUAGAGAGCAUCAAAAAAGAGAAACGGAAAGACCUCUCGUCUGGUGAGAGUGCACUAAGGCUAUUUGUUAUUAUUACUGAUAGUUUUCUCCCUACUAGAGAGAUGCUGGAACACUGCCUCUCUAAAAAAAAAGGAGUAAGGGAGGUAGGUAAGGUUUACAUUAAUUUUCUUUAACCUCCUGAUUACAAACUCUGAAACUUCCCACCUAAGUAGUGGUAGAAUAUUGCUCACAACAGUUGACAUGCACAACUAAUUCUCCAUUUCUAUGCACAAGAUAUCAACCUUUUUGCCAGCGUAGUUGACUUUGCAGGAAUCGAAGAUUGCAGCAGCUCCCUGGUCCCAAAUUCAAUAGAAUAUGCUUUCCAGAUGGUAUGCCUCCAUAAAAGACAAGUUUUAAGAGCAUCCUGUUCUUGACUAUAUGUUAAUCAGGACUACAUAAAA